CUGGCAAUGUAAUGAAUGGCAUGCCUCCUGUAAACCCACUACCACGAACCGGUGGAGUGGCAGGCUGUAGCGAGUCCGGAAAAUUCCUCUCCUUUCUCUCUUCUUUUCUUUCUUCUCCCUUUUCUACUGAGCCGUGGCGUCGAUUUUAAUCCCUCGACGGGGGAGGGAGGCGAUCUAUAGCCGAUUGGCACAACCACUGGGAAAGGUGGAAAGCCAGAUGGCUUCAUUAGUGAAGUCAUGGAUUUCGGGUACCUCUACAGCACAGGCAGUUUGCGGCAGCAGCAAGUCUUCGUCGAACACCUGCCACACGUCGAGGGUGGUUGCCCGGGAAUAUCGGCGCGCUGUGUCGUCCCUCCCUUUCGCGAACAAGGUGGUGAGGACCACCACUUGUCGUAAUCCCGGCGCUUCCGGUCUGGGGGGAAGCGGAUGGAAGCAAUGUAGGGCGGAGUGUCCGCCGCAUCGGGACGUAGUGCCAUCAGGCGCGAGGCGGUCGAGGUGCGGAGUGCUGCGGGGGCGAUUCAUUACGGUGUGCGGCAACAAGGCGGGUGGUUGCAGCGAGUGCCGCCGCAGCAGCAACAUCAGCAUCAACAGUGUGGCUGGGACGACAUGGUCGUUACUAGGAGCAUCGCUACGGGGAGCACGCGGCACAUCGCUCUUAAGUGUGCGACAGUGGGACUUGUUCUCAGUCGGAAGAACGAGGGUGCUUGUGGGAGGUGGGGCCAGCAGCAGCAGCUGCAACAGUUCGGACGCGGUGAGCGAGAACAGGUUGCGCUGCGAAAGUGCUGUUGUUGUGCGACCGCGGUGCGGCGGAAAAGACGGGAGCUGGGGUGCGGAGCGCCAGGAUUCGUCGCCGUCGUCGUUAUCGAGCCGGCGAUUACAUGUGGCGUCGUCGUCGGCGGGCGUCGUCGCUGCGCCGCAAAGCGCUCUAGAGGAGGGGUCACCGUCCUACGCCGGCGUGGAAGCAGUUCUCGUCGUCGAGUCUCCCGCCAAGGCGAAAACCAUUCAGAAGUACUUGGGGGAUUCUUUCAUCGUCUUGCCCACGUUCGGGCACGUGCGUGAGGUCGCGAAGAGCGCAGAUGCCAUCCGCCCAGGGGAUGGAUUCGCCAUUGAUUGGGUGAACAAACCAUGGAAGCAUUUGAACGAGCUGCAGAAGUUGUUGGGGAUGGUGGACAGGCUGGUCCUGGCCACGGACCCCGAUCGGGAGGGCGAAGCCAUAUCUUGGCACGUCGUGGAGAUGCUGAAGGCCUCGGGCGCCUUGCGCAGCGACCUGCAAAUCCAGCGAGUGACUUUCUACGAGAUCACCAAGCGGGCCGUGCUGGAGGCGGUGAAGAACCCCAGAGAUGUCAGUCAAGAACUGGUGAGCGCGUAUCUGGCGCGCUGCGCUCUCGACUACUUGAUGGGUUAUGGACUAUCGCCCGUUCUAUGGCGGAAAGUGCCGGGAAGCAAGUCAGCAGGUAGAGUGCAAUCGGUGUCUCUGAGAAUGGUGUGCGAGAGGGAGGAGGAGAUCAUGACCUUCGUGCCGCAUGAGUACUGGACGGUCGAGGCGCUGGUAGAGAGCGGGGACGGUAGCGUGUUUCCCGCCAAACUGACCCACCUGCAUGGGGAGAAGCUCGAACUCUCCGCCGGCGGCGCCGGCGGCGGCGGCGGAAGGAGAAUAGCUUCUGAGGAGGAAGCAAAGGCGGCGGUGGAGCUGAUCGCGGCCUCGGACCUGCGCGUGUCGAGUGUGAAGACACAGCAGGUGAGACGCAACCCACCCCCUCCUUAUACUACGUCCACGCUGCAGCAGGAUGCGUCGGCCAAGCUCGGCUUCAGCGCAACGAAGACGAUUACCAUCGCGCAGAAGCUCUACGAGGGGGUGAACAUGGGCAAGGGCGAGAGUUCUGGGCUGGUCACUUACAUUCGCACAGACGGAGUGCAAGUGUCGGCUGAAGCGGUGCAAGACAUUCGUUCCUACCUGGAGGCGAAGUACGGGCCCGCCUACGUUCCUGAGAAGCCGAGGGUUUUCAAGAUGAAGCUGAAGAACGCCCAGGAGGCCCACGAGGCCAUUCGCCCCACGAACUUCGAGAUGAACCCUUCUGCAUUGGUCUCUGUCUUAGACAAGGACGCUUUAAAACUGUACACCAUGAUCUGGAAGAGAGCAGUGGCGUCGCAGGCCGAGGCUUCCCUCCACGAGCAAGUGGCAAUCGAUAUCGACAGCGUGAAGGGCGGCGGCGGCGAGGUAGAGGCGAGACUCCGGGCAACUGGUUCCCGCCUCUUAUUCCCAGGCUUUCUUGCCACGUACUCAGACCACGGAGGAGCUUCGAAGGAGGGGAAACAGUCUCCGGAGGAGGAGGAGGAGGUGCCCGAACUCAAGGAGGGAGAGAGUCUCUCUCAAAAGAAGGUCGAUCCGAUUCAGCACUUCACUCGUCCGCCGAAUAGAUUCACGGAAGGAACUCUUAUCAGGAAACUCGAGGAGGCGGGCAUUGGGCGGCCGUCCACCUACGCGACCAUUAUGAAGGUGCUGCGGACCAGGAAUUACGUCAACGUGGAGCAGGGCAAGCUUGUCCCGACCUCGCGCGGAUUGUUGGUAUCGUCCUUCCUUUCGAACUACUUCCAGCGCUACGUGGAUUACGGAUUCACCGCCGCUCUGGAAUCGCAGCUGGAUGACGUGUCUGCAGGCCAGGUCGGCUACAGAGACGUGCUGUCCUCCUUCUGGACCCCUUUCGAUGAGAAUGUGAGCGAGACGAUGAAGAUCCCGCUCGCCGAAGUCUUAGGCAAGUUGGAAGAGGUUAUGGACGAUCUGCUGUUCAGGCCACCACCGCCGCCGGCGGCGGCUCUGUCGUCUGACGGUCCUGCCGAUCGCGCUACAGAUUCGUCGAUCGCGGAGGAGGCGGGACAGUCCGUCGACGAUCAACGGCGCAGGUGCCCAAAGUGCUCCGAAGGCAAGCUCAUGCUUCGGCUAAGUACUUUUGGAGCCUUUCUCGGCUGCUCGAGGUAUCCUGAAUGCACGCACGUUGGCACGAUCAAGGCCUUCACCGAGGGCGCCGAGUUUGAACAGAGGGUCCUGGGUGUCGAUCCCCAAUCAGGUCUUCAAGUGACUUGCCGGAAGGGUCCGUUUGGCUUUUACGUACAGCGAUCUCGUUCUACUAGCCAAGACAAAGAAACACCGGCGGCGGCCGCCAAGGACGACCCCGCGGAAUCGGACGACAAGGGCUUGGUCAAACGAGUGCCCCUGGGGAAGUUGUUCCGUCCAGAAGAUAUAACUCUGGAGGGGGCCCUGCUCCUCCUCGACUGCCCCCGGAAAUUGGGAGAGAGCCCUGAAGAUGGCUCAGCGGUGAUGCUUUGCAUCGGGAAGUACGGCUUAUAUGUGGAGAAGGGGGAGACGAAGGUGCGUGUCCCUCGAGAAACGGAUCCUGUAAGCGUGACACUCGACGAGGCUCUUAUGAUCCUCAAGGCGAAAGACACCGCGGAGGCGAAGCUCGCUCGGAAGAGAGGUCGUCCGCGGAAAAAGUUGUUGAAUCGAUCGCUCAAAGGCGAAGAGGCGGGAGCGGGAGAGGAAGAGGAGGAAGAGGUGGACGGUGUGACGGGCCGACGCAAGAGGGGCAAACGCUUGAAGACCAGGCGCGUACGAACACCCAACCCGAGCGGAACCCCGAGGGUCACGGGUCUCACUAAGCCGCUACCCUUGUCACCGGCAUUGUCCAGAUUUCUUGGUGGGGAGACGAUGAUGUCGAGGGCAGAUGUGAUCAAACGAAUCUGGGUGUACAUCAAGGAAAAGCAAUUGCAGGAUACGAAGGAUCUUAAGCUCGUGAAGUUCGAUGCCACCUUGAAAACACUGUUUGGAGCAGACGAGAGCAACGCGUUUCAUAUUGCAAAGCUGCUGAAACCGCAUUUUGUGCAGGAGGUGGUGGUCGAUUCGUCUUCCUCCAGCCAGCAGCAGGUCGAGGAGGCGGAACAACUCAUUCCAUCAAGAAGUUAAUACAAUAUCGAAGACAUUAAUGAUGUGAUGUGAGAGGGGAGAGCAGGAACGAAGAAGAAACUCCUGACAGGCCCGUUGUGAAGGUUUGCAGGUUAGUCGAUUUUCAAUAAGAGAAGACGAGACCCAGCGAAUUUGUCAUUUAUUUUCAACAUGAGUGAAUGUUGGAGGCCAGCGCAGAGAGACUAACACGCGAUCGAUCGUCAGAUAGGUAGAUAGGUAGAUAGAUAGAUAGAUCGAUGGUUGUGGAAGUGAAAAGUAGGGAGAGGGAUAAGAGAGAAGGGAGAGGAGAGGGGUGAUAGACACUUUUUUUGAGGGUGUAUAAAUGCUAUUGUGAUGGGUUACUUUCGGAGGGCAAUCAAGCAAUCCCGGUGGU